AUGGUGAAGGUUUUGGGGAUUGUGUUGACCGGAAUCCGUUGCGCCUCCGUUUUGGGGAUGGGGCUGGUCCAAUCAAUGGAGGAGGAAAUCUUGGAAGAUGACUCUACCAUGGUCUGUUGCAGGGAUGAGGAUGGUCUGCUUCAAUCUGGUGGUCACCGUGUGGAAGGGAUUGAAGGUGCGCGAAAGCCCGCCUUUAAAAAUCAUGUUAGAGAGUUGGUCCACAUUCAUGACCCAGCUAUUUUAAUAGUGAUGGAGACUCGGGUUGGUGGAGUCAGGGCGAAGGAGAUUACGGAUGAGCUGCCGUUUGAUAGAGUCAUUCACACCGACAUAAUUGGUUUCGCGGGUGGGUUAUGGCUGCUGUGGAAUGAAGAUAGAGUGGAUAUAUCCCAGUUAGCAAAUACGGAACAAGAAAUCCAUGUGAUUGUCAAGGUACGAUCCUCAAACCUUAACUGGUUGUUAUCUGCGAUUUAUGCUAGCCCCAGGUGUGCUGAAAGACAGGUAUUAUGGAGUAAUCUUAAGAUGAUGGCUGAAUUUCAUGAGAUGCCAUGGGUAAGGACAGGAGAUUUUAAUGAGCCAUUAAUGAAGGGUGAUAAAUUUGGUGGAAGGGGGUUGAGUGUUAGUAGAGCUCUUCAGUUUAAGGAGUGUUUGGAUGCUUGUAGUAUGAUUGACAUAGGUUUUUCGGGUCCGCGUUUUACUUGGACGAAUAGAUGGGAGGUGCAGGCUCUUAUUAAGGAGAGAAUUGAUAGAUUUUUUGUGAAUUCUCAAUGGUGUUUGAUGUACCCUAAGGCUCGAGUGGUCCACCUCACAAGGUGCCACUCUGAUCACGCUCCUAUUCUUAUGGAAUUGUAG